GCAUCUCAAUGUGCGGAGGCUGGUCGUCACGCGAGACAACGCCACCAGAGCUCCUUUUUCUUCUCAUUUGAUGUUUUUCCGCUCCCUUUCGUUCGCGAAUGCGUUUCGUGUGUGCGCCAAAGUCCAGCCUUAGCAAUUGCUCAAGCGGUGACACUGUGUCCAAUUGACUCUGCACCCCACGGGGGAGGCAAUUGACGGGGAAUUUGCUCAAAACUACGAGAGAGUGCCACCCCCGCAGACUGCAAAAGUAUUAAAGUUAAUAGAGUUUUUCAUAUUCGGUCGUUUAUUAAAUUAUGUGAGUACCAUAAAGUGGCGCCCCAGCAUUAUCCUGGUCGUGUUGGCUGGAUAUUGUAAAUCUUCCGCGCGCGCCCCCUCAGCAAACACUCGCACUGGGUGGUGAUAAGUCGUGAAGAAGUGCACACAGCGGAGGAUAAUUGAGUGAAACUGUGACAAAAGCUUAUACUUUAAUUCCAAAUAACGAUUAUGCAAAUCAAAUUUGGAUUAAUGACACCUCAAGCUUAACGAGAGGCUGGAACGACACUCAGCGCACACAGCUUUGGAAAAAAUAUGUCGCCCAAGGCGCGGAGGGUGAGCAGUGAUGGUGGGCAACGAGGAUGAAGAGGCCACAGGAGAGGAGAUUUUGCACAUUACAUUUCAAUAAUUGAGGAAUUGCCAACCGAUGUGGAUGGAGUUGAACAUGGACAGGAGAUUUCCAGCAUUUGCAAAUUUGCAUAUUUGAUUGGGGGGCGAAUUUUCCGAUAGAGCGCACAUACACACACCCCCAGAAGGGGUUGGGGCAGAUAAAAAGAAAAACCGGGGCGAAAGGGUGCGACAGCCAGCAAGAAAUGAAGUGGAUUUUGGUGUUUAUCUUACUCCUCUGCCACGUCAUUCGCCGAAUAAUGUCGUCAUGUCCAUUGGAGGUGUGCAUAUGCAAAUGGAAGGGUGGCAAGCAGACGGUGGAGUGUGGCGGCAGGAAUUUGCUAAAUCUGCCCGACCGCAUGGAUCCCGGUACUCAAGUGCUUAACUUCUCCGGAAACAGCCUUACGAAUUUACCCGCUGAGCGAUUUCUGCGGAUGGAAUUGAUAAACCUGCAGAAAAUCUACCUUUCGCGCAAUCACAUCAUGAAGGUGCACGGCAGGGCGUUCAAGGGUCUCACGAAUCUCGUCGAGCUGGACCUCAGCGAGAACAUGCUCACAAGCGUGCCCACGGAAACCUUCCAGGACUACUCAUCGCUGAUGAGGCUGUCACUGAGUCGGAAUCCCAUCAGGGAGCUGAAGACGGCCUCCUUCAGACACCUGUCGUAUCUCACCACGCUCGAGCUGAGCCACUGUCAGAUCGAGCUCGUGGAGAAUGAGGCCUUCAUCGGGAUGGACAAUCUGGAGUGGCUGCGCCUGGAUGGGAAUCGCAUGCACGCGAUCCAGGGCGACAGUGUGCUGCCCACCUCGCUUCACGGCAUUGAUUUACAUGGAAAUCAGUGGCGCUGCGACUGCCACCUAAUCGACAUCCACAGUUGGCUCAUGAGCACAAAUGUGCCCCAAAUUGAGGACCCCGUGUGCGCAUCCCCGGCCCGACUCGUGGGUGUCCCCAUAAAGACUGUGUCAACGGAGGAGUUGGCCUGUCUGCCCCACAUAACGCCGACCACGCUGUACUUGGAGAUUGCCGAGGGCAGAAAUGUGUCGCUGUACUGCAAAAUAACCUCAAUACCGGAAUCUACAGUGUCAUGGUGGUUUCAGGGGCAGAUCCUGCAGAAUGAAUCAAUGGUAACAAACAAUUUGCAUCUGUACUACUAUAUCGACGAGGGAAUUGAGGAGAAGCGUAGUGAUUUAUUCAUCUACAAUGCAAAUGCCGAGAAUAAUGGCACAUUUGCUUGUUUAGCUGAAAAUGCGGCUGGUCGCUCGCAGGCCAACUACACAAUACGUGUCAUUGUGAAGGAGAAGCAAGUGGUUGAAGAUGUCGUCACCCUCACGGACGAGCAUUUGUUCAUGAUGUACAGCGUGGGCGGUGGGGUGGGUGGCAUUUUGCUCAUCAUUGCAUGUAUCAUCAUCUGUAGAUAUGUUAGACGCUCCAAGGUACCUAAUGACAUUCGUAUUAAUGAGGUGAGUUUGGAAACUUCACCCACGGCAAAUCAAGUGCUCAAGACGCCACACACCAACCACGAUAUUUCAUCGCCAUCCGACCCAAAUACAAUAAAUAAGCACAGCAUUAAUGGCAGUGUGGCACCCAAUGGCACCAUCAAGAGCUCCACGGCGCUCCUAAUCACCGAUGAGAAUUUCAUGCGAAGGGUGGACUCACCUCAGGUGGCCGCCGGACGCGCCUGUGGUGGCGCCGAUCCCAACCCAGACUUAAUUAAUGACGCCGAGAGCAAGGGUCAGAUGUGCAAUGAUGCACGAUUAAAUGCGUCACGCAUCGCAUGUCUGCCAGUGCGCGGCGUCAAUCGCGAUAUGUACUACGAGAAUGACGUUCACCUCAAUCCCAUCAACCUCUUCGGGGCCCACGGAGAGUGUCCCAAAGUCACCAUGGUGGCCGCGCCGGACAAAAUCCUGCAAGUCACGGAGUUCAGUCGCUUCGGCACCAUGCCGCAUCCCUCGCGCGUGAAGAUGCACACCUACACGCCGCUGCGCUACUCGCAGGAGGCGGAAUUUCUCAAGCAAUCGGCCGACCAGAGGGCCUUCGACAUCUACACUCCGCCUCCCAACCUCCGCUGCACCGUGGACGGCUAUCCCUACGGGGCGCAGGUGGUGGCGUACAAGACGACCGACAACAGCCACCUCUUCCCGUCGCCGCCGGAGCCCUUCAAGAACGACGCCACCCCCUGCAAUCCCAUCGUGUCCUACAACGCGUGGUACUCGGCACCGCAGCCCUGGCCACCAUGCCUGCCGGCCUACCAGAUCAAGGUGAAACCGUGCGACGUGACGGAGAAGCGAAGCGCCUCGGCCCAAACGCUGCCGCCAGAUCCACCCGAGUGCACAACCCCGGCCACCAUCGUGGAGGAGGCGGGCGAGGAGGCGGAGGAGAAGGCCGAGGCGCAGAAGAGUGACAGUGAGUGCGGUGAAGAGAAAUUGAAACACUUCCCCCUGGCUGAUAGUCCCGAUGAAGGAUACGAAGACAUGAGCCAAGAGGGGAUGUGACGAACACAAGGAAAUGGUACAACUUCCACUUCAAAUAAAUUCUCCACGUCAUUCAAUGUUUUUUCAUACUGCAACUCAGCGGGUGUCCUCAUAGAGGAUGACGCCGUGGCACUGUAAUUAAUUACACAAUCCCCACACACAAAUAUAAACAACACACACACACACACACUGCCGGAAUAGUUGAAUCCACCUCAAAUACAUUACACAUUUCACGGCACUCCUCUCAGAUCGAUUAGAGAAAGAAGAUCAUGUUAUAAGUAAAGUUUCACAUGACGCAUUAAGAGUCGCUGCAAAAGAAUUUGAAAUUAAUUCUAUAUAUAGAGUUUCAAUGGAGACGCCUGGUUUGCGCUGCACCAUUUUUGUUAGAAGACUCCUAUGAAUACAAUGAUACUUGCGAAAUUGACUUGGUUUGGUGCAUUUUUCUUCUCCACCAAAGUUCUAUCUCAACUUUUCCACAUAUUUCAAUGCAAAGAGGAUUUAAAGUUUCACGAUAUUUGGUGAAUCGAUGGAGAUGACUGGUUGUUUUUAUUUAUCAGGGUAAAUAUAAGAAGUCAUAUGCAAUAUUUAUCGAUCUGGCAGGUAAUGUGCUGCUAUUUUUGAAAAAGAAAGAAAUAAUUUAGGUAUUCAAUCAGUAACUUUACAUGUAUAUCUAACGAUUUAUAAUGGAAACGAGGAGGAUUUUUGCUAAAUCAUGUAAGAUACUUAUACAGUUAGAACAUAAUCAGUGGUUUCUAUGAAGAAUUGUGAAAUUUUCAACAUUUCCCUCACAGAACUUUCGUUAGCAAUUAAUUUUUGUGAUAUCAACACAGACUGAUAUUUUAAUGGCUCAAUGUUUUUUGCAAAAAAAAGGUUCAGCAGAGUUUUGUUCUUCCUUACGGAGGUGGAUGUAAUUUACUUUUUCCCCCAACUGUUCACACUAAAAGGCAUGAUCAUGAGGAUUUCUUUGUGCGACAAGAGAGCUUUAAUCGACAUUAACUUCUUUUUGUUAUUACACUUCCUCAAAUGGGAGAAAAGGCGCGCAGGGGAUAAGGAAACAUGUUGACACGAUAAACAAUGAAGAAAUAUUGAGGAUAUUUGUGAACCAAAACAACACAAACUGUUAGCAAUAACAGGCAGAGAAAUACAAGAAAAACACUUUUAAUAGCGAUAAAAUAAUUGUAUUAUUAGUAAUUUGUACCUACGAGUAAUGAAUAAAUAUGAAGAAAGGUAUUAUAUAGAGAGAGAUGUACAUAGUAGACCAUACUCUUAAGGAUUGCGUCUCUAAAUUAGACGAUAAAGACUCUUUAUUUUAUCGUAGAGCGACAAAGAGAGAGCAAAAUUGAGAAGCCAACUUCCUUCGGUUGCCCUCUUAUUUUUUGUUAAUUGGGAAAUUACCCCCAUUGUAGGAAAACUGUAAAGAGUUGAAAUUGGUAUAUUGUGUAAGGAGGCAAGACAAAUGAGAAAGAGAAUAAAAUAAGACUAAU